CGAGACGGAAAGCUAUUUAAGUUUGUGGUUUUAUCGUUUCUACAAUUAUAACUAAGUAAUUUCUUGUUUAAAAAGUCAUGAGAGUAUGGCUCCAAGUAAUAUUGGAAUGGCUCAAUUCCUUAGAUGUGACAGAAAGGAAUGUCACAGACUUAAAAGAAUUAGAAGAUGGAAAGUUCUAUAAAAAGUUAAUAGAAUUAUGUUCUUGGGAAGGUGAUAAGGAAAAUUUAGGUACAAAUCGUAUUAUUACGCAAUUUUUACAAGAUGAUUAUCCCGAGUUUAAAUUUGACAAAGAAUGUGUUGGAGAAAUGGAACAAUUGGACGUUGCUUCUUUAUUUUUAUUGCAUGUAUGUCAACACGAACCGAUAUUUUAUGGGCCAAUGAGUAACAAAUUACAGCAUGAAACUCAACUAAAAAUUAAAGCAUUUGUUGAAAUGAUUAUUCCUUUCGAAAAACGAAUAAAUAGAGAGAUAUUAAGAAGAAUAAUUACCGAGGUAGAAGGCAAUAAUGUACCAAAAACACCAAAGACACCAAAAACACAAUCACUAAAGGAUUUUUUAAGUUCUCCUAUUGCACAAUCUGCCCAGAAUUAUAAACUAUUGAAUGAAAGAAAUCGUGAAUUAAGAAGGUUGAGGAGCCAAUUGGAAGUGGAAAAAUUUGAGAAAACUGAUUUACAAGAGGACAUAAAAAUACAGCAAAACAAAGUUCAAAGCCUACAGAAAAAGUUACAAGAAAAGAUUACAGAAAUAGCAGUUUUACGUAAAGAAAUAAUGAAAAUACAUACUCCACAAUCUUGUACAACAAAUGAAAAUACCACAGAUCGUGAACAAUAUUAUAAAAGGGAAAUAAAUUUUUUAGAAGAUAGGCUAGUGCAAAAACAAGAUGAAAUAGAUAAGCUUGAGGUAGAAAAUGACAAUUUAUCGACAAAAUUAGCGCAAAUAAGAAAAGAAAACAUAUAUUUUAGAGAAAAAGUAAAAAAUUGUGAAAAGUCUUUAGAAAACUUGCAAAUUCAGGGAGAAAUUAAGGACAGAGAGUUAAUGAAUCUUAGAUCGACUAACGAGGAAUUAUGCACUUAUUUAAAAGAACUUAAUAAGACACACGUUACAGAAAGAAGUUUUGAAAUUGAUGGAGUAGCACCCUUAAGCCCAUCUUUAUUACCUUUAAAUAAUAGUGAAGCUUUGAGUUCAAUAAUUGAAAUUCAAUUACAAGAAGCAAAAGAAGAAUCUGCAUCAUUGAAAACUCAGGUUGAUGUUUUAAAUAAAAAGUUAGAAUUUAGUAGUCGAGACUAUAAAAGUGUAACACAACAGCUACAAGAAAAAACAGUAAUGUUACAAGAUACAGAAACUAAAUUAAACACUGCUUUGAAUAAAUUAACUAAAAAGGUUGAAUCCUUACAAGAAGAAAAGAUGUCUUUAACAAAUCAAAAUCAAAAUUUAGAAGAUUUAUGUACCUCUCAGAAGGAAUCUUUAAUACAAAUCGAAGAAUCGAAAAAUAUUUUAAGCAUUGAAGUAGUUUCUUUGAAAGAAAAGAUUAAAAAUGUAGAAGAAUCAUUACACAAUGAAACUACAAAUAGUAUGAAACUAAAUAAUGAACUUGUAGAAGCAAAAGCGCAAAUACAUGAAAAUGUUAAAUGUAUUGAAGAUUUAACACAUCAAAAUAAUUCAUAUAAAACUUUUAUUGAAAAUUGCAACACGAAUUUAAAAGAAAUUAUAAUUCAUAAUUUAGAUAUUAAUGAUAGCGAAAAUAAUAAUUUAGAUGGUGCAACAACUAUUCAACUUAUACAAGCUCUUUAUACAUUGUUACAUAAUUUUGAAGAAAAAUAUAUUAUACAAGAAACAAAAAUAAAAUCAUUGAAUAAUGCAAUGGAAGAAAUGACAUUAAAAGCACAACAAUAUCAGUCUCGAAUAUUCGAAUUGGAAGAAAAGGACAAACAAAAUAAUAUGGAAAUCUCAAAAUUCGAGGAAACUAUUACACAAAAUAUGAUAAAAAUUAGAGAACUUACUACUACUGUGGAUCAAUAUAUUACUGAAAUUUCAUGUCUAAAGAAAAUUCAAUUUGAAAAACAAGCUUUAGAAAACGAAGUAUGUACGCUUACAAAAGAAGCGAAUGAAAAAAAUGUAGCGUUAAAAUCUUCUAUGAUAGGUAUAAAGACUUUACAAGAAAAUUUUCAUGCGUUUGCAACAGAAUUCUAUUCAACAAAGAAAAAUCUAUUUCAUUUAUUAAAUGAAUGUCAAAAGCAAAACGAAGAAACCAUUAAAAACAUUUUAGAUGCUUAUAAAAUGAUGUAUAAUAAUUUUACUAAAGAACAGUUGCACAGAAAAGAAAUUGAAGACAAACUUGCUGAUAAUAGAAAAGAAUUGAAAGAUAGUCGAAAUUUAAAUACUACGCUAAAAGAUAAUUUGUCAAAAUAUAAGCAGACAAUAAAUGAUUUAGAGGCAGGAGCAAUAAGCGCUAAAGAAAAGUUAAUGAUAUCUGAACAAAAAUUGGAGAAGCUUGAAGAAAAUAAUGAAACGCUAGAAAAACAACGUAAGAAUCUUAAAUCUCAAAGUGAACAAAUUUUACUUGACUUAAAUAAUAUAAACGACAAACUUAAAUUAUUUCAACAAGAAGCAUGUAAUAUGUCAGAUCGAUUAAAAUUCAAAGAUGCUAAAAUUGAAAAUUUGGUAGCAGAAAUUACUUCUCUACAGUUAGAAAAAAAACACAUUGUUCGUCUGAAAAUGGAAGAAGAAUCUAAAACGAAAACCUUUAUAAAAGAAUUGGAAAUUAAGCUGCUGGAGCAACAGCAGAAGUUGGAUCGGUUAAAUGUAGAGAGAAAAUUAAAACAAGAAACACUGGACCUUGUACGAAAUAAAUUUGAAAACUUAUCGAAAGAAACAAUUGCCUCUGAAAUAAAAAUGAAGGAAAUCAUUUUAAAUUUUCAGGAAGUAAGAACCAAUCAAGAUGCAGUUUUGUCGACUCAGGAAAAAGCCUUAAAGGAAAAAACUUUACAAUUAGAUCAGAUACAGAAAGAAUUUUAUGAAUUGAAAAAUGCACUUCAUAAACAAUUAGAAAAUGAAAAGUUGUUAUGUCAAAAUUUGCAAAGCAAAAACUCAGAACUUGAAAUUGAAUCAUACAAACAAAUGAAAUCUAUGGAAGAAUUGCAAGAGUUGUUGAGAAGAGAAAAAAGCGAACAUAAUAAAACUAAAGACAAUUGUAAAAUCGAAGACAUAAAAAAAUUAGAAACUGUACGGGUUUGUAAAGAAUUAGAACAUUCAAUAACUGAUUUAAAAUUAAUAAUAGCAGAAGCAAGCUCGAACGAUGAAAAUAUUUAUGAGGAUGAGUACGAUUUUUCGUGGACGGAUAAUAGUGAUAAAACUGACGAUGUAUUAAAUACUGUACGCACAUCUAUUAAUACUGUUAAUGCAUCAUGCAAAUGCAUUGUAUAUCUAUCUAAUAUAAACACAAACUUAAAGGAAACCUUGCAGAAGCAAAAAUUAAUUGUAAAUAACUAUGAUACAAAAUGUGAAGAAAUUAAAUUAUUGAAAAAUAAGAUGCAGGAACUAGAAAAUUUAGAGGAGAAACGCAUAAAACAUUUAAAUGAUCUUAUCAAGCACAAGGAAUCAUUGAGAGACUCUUUACAAAAUAUUAUAAAAUCAAGAGAAAGUUUGAAUAUAUCCAUAGAUGAAUUAAAACAAAAGUGGGAUAAAUUGUUAAUAAAAUUCUGUAGUAUUUUUGCAAUGGAUACAUCUGUAUGUGAUGUAUUAAAACAUAUACAAACCAAAAAAACGCACCUUGAAAAUACCUUGUCUAGGCUUAAUGUUCAUCACUUGCAAAAUAUAAAAUUCCUGUAUACUAUUUUGUGGCAAAAGUUCUUAUGGGCUGAACAAACAUUAAAAAAUACUUAUUUAAAUCCAACAAAUAAUGAACAAGCUUUCGAUAUUUCUUAUGAUAAUUAUUCAGAUGAAAGGACAGUAAUGGAAGUAGAGCUACAGAAGAGUAUGAUAUUGCAAAAAGAUAUUAAAUUUCAUGAUGAAAUAAAUGAUUUCUCUAACUUAGUUACGACGUUUGAAAUCAACUUAAAUUCUGAUGAAAUAAAAUAUCAGUCUGAAAUUGAGAAAAAAUUAAAGUUACAGAUAAAUAAGUUACUCGAAGAGAAGAAUGAUUUAAGAAGGAAAUUAGAUUGUGCACAUAUGAAAAGCACAGAAUUCGAAGGUCAUAUAGAACAGCUAAAGGCACCUUUAUUGAAGAACAUUGAAAAUUUGAAAGUAGAAAUAAUGCAAUCAAAGAAAGAAAUCUUAAAGUUAGAAGAAGAAAGGGAUGAAUUAAGCAAGCGGCUAAAAAAAGAAGAUGUUGAUAAUCAGUUGAAAGACAUUCACGAUAAAUAUAAAAAUAAAUUAGAUGAAAUUAAACUUAAAAUGAAAACAGCGUAUAAUGAACAAAUAUCAAAGAUGAACAGAGAACAAGACCAAUGCAUACAGGCAAGAUUAGAGUCGUUGCAAAGAAAAAUGGAAAUACAGUGUCGUAAGCAGGCAGACGAAUUAAGUAAAUAUAAGGCACAUGUUGCUGACAUGAGUUCACAAAUUUGGAAUGUCGGAGAGAAACUGUUGAGUGAACGACAAGAAAAGGAAAAAUUACAAAAUGAAUUGACAGAACUUAAAGCUAAAUAUCAAAAUUUUGAUCAACAGGUCGUUUCCGCAAUGGGACACCAAAGCUCCAAUUACGAAAAAAGAAAUUUACUAUCAGGAGAAAAUAGAGAAGAAGUUUUACACAAAAUUGCAGUAAUACAGGAGAAAACUACUUAUGAAAGAAGAUGCAGUAUUAGGAGCAUACAAUCAAUGGGCAAUGCAUUUAAUGCAGAAGACGAAGAGGGAGAAAUUUUUGAUAAUAUUUAUUUAGCCGAUAUGAAAAACGGCCAUUCAUCGCUCGACACCGAUAUAGAUCGAUUAUCUAUUCUGAAAAAAAGAAAUGCUCUUUGUAAACCACAUCUGAAAUCUUCUUACCCUGCAGAAAUGCAAUUUCAUCCCCUAUCAUUUACAGAAGAAGAAAUUAAAACAGGCUCAGCAACAGAUGAAGUAUUUAAUGAUAGCUUAAGUCAGAGUUUACUUCCCGAACAUAAGGUCAAAAAAAAGGAUAGAACUCAGACGUCAUAUAAAAAACCUGGUCCUCCGACACCUAGUAAAAAUGGAGGAAAAGCGUCAUCGAUGGGUAAUGAUCUGAAGAGUCCAAAUUCAAGAAUAUUAAGAGAGAGGAAUAAAGAGAGAACAACAACUACACCACGCACACUAAAGAGUCUAUUCACUUCAAGACGUCAAGACGAAAAUGUUACAGUGACACCAAAAGGUCGUAGAAGGAGUAGCAUUUUCCGUAAAUACCGUCCCACGAGUGAUAGAUGAAAAUAAUCACGUACGUAAAAUGGAAGUAUUCGAUUAGUAAUGAUAUUUGUAACCGCAAGGGAAUAAUUACUUUUUUUCUAUCAAGACAUAUAAGAAUUGUACAGAAAAAUAGAACUAGAAUUAUAAUUUUGUUUACAGUGGGCAAUUUAAGCAUACAAGAAAAAAAAUGUUCAUAAUUUAUACAUUGUAGUCAUUUAUUUAGACAAUUCAUUAAAUAGUUUUAU